AUGUCAACCGAAGAUCGAAUCAUUUUCCGUCAGGGGAUCAGCAGCGGCUUCGCUGGACUCGAGGUCGCCAGUUUUGAACACAAUUUUUCUAGAUUUGUGUCAAACCCACAGGAUCUUUCUAUUUCUUCUCAAACACGCCAACAAUAUGAACCACUGCUAUCUGCUGCUGCUGCACCCCUAAUUAUCUCCAACGGUGCUGCCGAGAUCGACCGGGUCUUCAACAUACUCCAGAAGAUCCGGAACCCGGUCAGGCAAGAUCCUGCUGUAGAGCAAGGUGCUCCGCCACUCAACUACUACAAGACAUCUUAUGGGAUAACCUUUAUACGUGGCGGAGAACUAGUGUGGUCAAACUACCUGCCUGAAAGGGGGGUGCGUCCACCAAUCUCCGUGGAUGAAGACACAGCAAGUGCUGAGGAGGAGAGUCAGUUUGGGGAUGUUGUGAACAUUCUCCAGAGCUUGGUGCAAAGGUCGCAGGCAGCUUGA